UCCCACCCGGGUAGCGAGGGAGGUGUCCCAGGCGGGGCUAUAAAUGCCGUGGCCUGACGCCGGCUCGCCUCCCGCCCUGCCCGUCCCUCGGCUGUUCCCUUGGAGCUGUCGGCUUGCUGGUGUCCCCCAUGGCGUGUCCCCUGGAGCAGGCGCUGGCCGUGAUGGUCGCCACCUUCCACAAGUACUCGGGGAAGGAGGGGGACAAAUACAAGCUCAGUAAGCAGGAGCUCAAGGACCUGCUCAUGAAGGAGCUGCCCAGCUUCAGCAGACAAACCAGCGAGGCCAGUUUACAGCAGCUCAUGCGCAACCUGGACAGCAACAGCGACAGCGAGGUGGAUUUCCAAGAGUACGUGACCUUCCUGGCCUGCAUGGCCAUGAUGUGCAACGACUUCUUCCAGGACUGCCCCGACAAGAUGCCACGCAAGAAGUGAGCGUGGGGGCCCCGGGCCGCACCGCUGCCCCCAUGACCCUCCUGCUGUCUUCCCGAUGUUCUUUCAAUAAACGUUGUUUUCAACAAAAUCCUCU